UGUACUAUGUACACUUUGCCUUUUAAAUGAACCAGAAGGAGAAAAUCCUCUCUGACACCAAGAAAAAAAAGAUGUGCAGCCUGGAGCGGCGCGGCCUCAUUUUCAUCCUGACCCUUACAGGAGAAGGCGAGCACCGCCUCAACCCUCCGCUCCUAGACGCGAUUCUCUCCUGCCUCCAUCAAGUCUCCACCUCCCAAGGCGGUGCUGCGCUCAUCACCACCAGCCACGGCAAAUUCUUCUCUAAUGGCUUCGAUCUGAAAUGGGUGGAGGCGGCAGGCCCCGAGAACAUCCCUUCGCGCUUCCACACCGUCGGCGAAAAGCUGAAACAAAUAACUCUCGCCCUCAUGAACCUCCCAAUGCCGACGAUAGCUGCAGUGUGCGGGCACGCUGCGGCUGCAGGUUUCCUUUUUGCCUUAUCCCACGAUUACAUAUUCAUGAGAAAAGAUCGAGGAUUCCUUUACAUGAGCGAGCUCGACAUCGGACUCGUAUUACCCAAUUUCUUCAUGUCGGUUUUGAGGGCGAAGAUCCCGAAGCCGGGGGUUUUGAGGGAGGUGGUUUUGGAGGCAAGGAAGAUUACAGGCAGGGAAGCUGAGGAGAAGGGGAUAAUUGCUCGAGGGUUGUCGGAUUCCGGGGAGACGAUGGCCUCCGCGGUGAGGUUCAUGGAGGAGCUGUCGGCGAAAGGGUGGGACGGUAGGGUUUAUGCCGGCAUACGUCGAGCGGCGUUUCCGGAAAUUGUAGAGGCGGCUAGCAGCUCCAUGGAAGGAAAGGGGCCGAUUGGAUCAAGGCUGUAAAUGAAUCAUUGAUUCCACAGAAUAAUGGUGAUUGUAAGAUGUUUCGAUUGCAUAUACAUUUUUUUUUUUUCAAAAAUACUUUAUAAAAAAACCUUCUUCCUUCCCUUA